AUGGCUUCCAACGCCGCGGACAACGAGAUUGUAUUCGCACUCCGGAACGCCGUUCACGAUUGCUCGAAGAGGGGGCUCUUGUAUGCAGCCAAAUGGGCGGCCGAGCUCUUGUGUUCGCUCCCGCCGUCCAAAAGACAGCCCCCACUUGUCUCGGUGGCGCAGCCUUCCUUCCAUACCUCCACCCCAGCCCGCCACAAAGCCCCUCCAUCUGCUCCAUUCCUCCCUCAAACUCCUGCGCCAGCGGGAACGUCGAACGCUACGGCACCGUUCCCGCCUCAUUUCGCUUCACCACUCGGUGGCCAGUCCGCGGAAACUUUGAGACGAGAAGCUGAAUGGGAGGCUCAAGACGCCGAUCAUCUAGCGAUGGCCAAAACGUUUCUCGACGCGAAGGAGUACUCUAGGGUAGUACACUGGCUGGAGCCCUGUCAGAGCUCUAAGGCCGUGUUCCUCCGUGUAUAUAGCCAGUAUUUGGAAAGUGAAAAGAAAGCGCAAAGAGAGUGGUAUAGACUAGACAAAACUCGUGAACAGCCCGCCGAGCCUGUCAACCUCGCUCUUCACAAUCUAUUGGGGUCCGUGACCAACGCAACGGAUCCAUGGUUACUGUUCUUGAAAGCCGUAUUCUUGUGUCGCUUGUCUAGGCGAGAAGAGGCUAUCGAGAGCGCCAUCCUCUCGUUAACUACGUAUCCCUGGAACUGGUCAACCUGGGUUGUUUUAGGGGAAUGUUUGAGCGACGGAGACGAGCUAUCUUCUUUGCUGCCAUUGCUCCCUGUCCCUGCCACGCACCCCCUUGUACUCAUGUUUCAGGUCAAGACCCUGAACAGUUUGAACAGUCCGACAGACAAUGAACUGUCCGUGUGCGACCGAUUGCUGGGCGAAGACUACUUCCCACGGAGCAUGUGGAUCAUGGGCCUUCGAGGAAACGUUCUGUACUAUCUUCACGACUUUGCAGCUGCCGAGGCCGAGUUCCGGAGAAUUCUCUCAAUCGACCCUUACCGCAUUGACGACAUCGACAUUCUGUCGAAUAUCCUCUACGUGACAAAUAACAACACCGCCUUAUCGAAGCUGGCCCACGACUUCUUAGCCAUUGAGAAAGACCGGCCGGAAAUUUGCUGUAUCAUCGGAAAUUAUUACUCGCUUCGGGGGGAGCAUGAAAGGGCGGUGAAAUAUUUCAGAAGAGCCACGCAGCUCGACCGAACGUACCUGGCGGCCUGGACGUUGAUGGGUCAUGAGUAUGUUGAGAUGAAGAACUCGCAUGCCGCUAUCGAAGCGUACCGUAAGGCUGUGGAUGUCAAUAGGAAAGACUAUCGGGCUUGGUACGGCCUUGCACAAGCCUACGAACUGCUGAGCAUGCACCAGUAUGCCCUGUACUACUAUCAGCAUGCGACGGCCCUCCGCCCGUACGACGUGCGCAUCUGGCAGGCUCAAGGCAUGUGCUACGAAGAGAUGGGGCGAUUGAGGGAAGCCGUCGAGUGCCUUAGACGCGCACUGAUUGGGGCCGACCCUCAAGAGACCCUGAUCCAUUCGAAACUCGCGAAGCUGCACAAUGAUCUCGAAGAGUUCGCUGAGGCCGCAGCGUAUCAUAGACGCAUCGUCGAGGUCUGUCGAGCAGCCCAGAAGCCCGUGCCUGAGUGGGCCAAGUCUGCCAUCUACGUCGCCCGCUACCACGUCCAGCACGGCGGUGGGGACCUGACCUUGGCGCGCCAGUACCUCGAGUUCGUCUCUGGCUCUAACGCCGAAGAGGUGACCCAGGCGACGGAGAUGCUCAGGCGCCAGCUUCCCGCGGCCAUCAUGCGCACGCAGCAGGCCGCGCUUGCUGCGGUCGCGGCCGAGGUGGGCUCGGCGUGA